AUGUCCAUUACCCGCACAAUCUGCACACAAUUCCUCGGCGUCCUCUGCUGGCCUUGCUACGCUUUCGCGAUCUGCGUUUGUCCGACGUACGUUGAAGAGGACCCGGAGAGUCAGAAGGUGAAGAGGGAUGGCUUUACGAAGAACGGCUUCGGCUGGGGAUCCCCAGACGCCUUCGGACGAACCGUCACUCCAAUUAACAGCACUUAUCCCAGAUCGGCCACGUCUUCGAAUGGUGGUUGA